GCUGUACCCUCAGUUCUCUGUUAACAUGGGUAUCUACAGGCUGUCGUUUCUGCUCGUCCUCUUCGUUGGGGCACUACAUCUGAGUGGCGCACAAACCAGGAGCUGUGCCAGGACUUGCAAUGUGUUUUAUCGCUGUUCGCCCUACUACAAAGAGCUGGUCUAUGCGGUUGUGGAUGGCGUUUGCCGCGUCUACCAGAACGGUUGUAUCUUUGGCAAUGAAAACUGCACGAGAGUCAAUCAGUGCCAGUCACCUUUGAGUUCCACCUCUGCCGAGAAGUGUAAGGAGUUUUGCCCCAGGCGUUGUCCACGCGGUGGUCAAGAAGUCUGCGGCUGGUUUCCGUACAUCAACAGCAACGGGGAAAACAGUGAUCGUUAUAUGGCCUUCGCCAAUCGCUGUCUGCUGGAUCAAUAUUCCUGCCAGAACAAUAUCGCCUAUGCUUAUGAGCCAACCCUGGGACCUUGUCCGUAGUUGAGAGGCAAACAACUAAAUGAAAAAUACAAUUUUUAUAU